AUGCUCAAUAAAAUGCUCAAAUCUCAGACUGAUAAAAGUAGCACAGUUCUAUCAAACUACAUCAGAGAGGGAAAGAUACGCGCUGAACUCGACGAACUCUUCUCAAAGAUGCUCCAGGAGGAGACGUACGCAGGCGUGGACGUCAGGCUGUGGCAGACACCAGCGCAUGUCGGAAUACGCCUACUGGAUCCAUCAGCCACCAUUCAAAAGAUGCCACUUCUGAUCAGCCAGUUACAGGCGACAGUGGCCCAGAGACUGGAAGUGGAAGCGAGCCAAGUCAGAGUGGUGCUCGAGAAGAUCGAAAACAUGAGGAUGGAACCAGCGUACUACGCAGAGCAGCUCAGACAGGCGUUCGUGCAGACUAAGCCGUACAAAAGAGUGGUGAAUUCGGUGAUCAGGGGAGUUCGUGGAGCAGGGGGACAGGGUGUCUGUGUCAGAGUGGCCGGAAAGGUGAAGGGGCAGAGGGCCAAGACCACCAAAUUCAUCGAUGGGCUUCUGAUUCAGGCUGGUGAGCCAGCUAAGCAGUACAUCAAGCACGCAAGUGCAGUAGCAAAGUGCAAGCAGGGGGUGAUUGGAAUUAAAGUGAGUAUUAUGCUACCACACGAUCCAGAGGGAAUCAGGGGGCCAGCAACGGUAUUGGCUGAUAAAAUAAGGGUAUUGGAACCAAGGAGGGAAUAA